UAGCAUAAUCGACUUGUGGCAGCACAAUCUACACAAUCAGCUCCAGAAGUGCCAGAAGUUGUCGUAACACACAAACAUUUAUCAUUUUCAACAGCGAACGUGCUUCGGACCGCACACUUUUUCACUUACAAAUCGUUUGUAAACAUUUCUGAGAAUUUAAGAUAGUUACAAAAUGUCGGGUCGAGAUGGAGGUAAGAAGAAGCCCUUGAAGACACCAAAGAAGGAAUCAAAAGUUUUAGAUGAUGAAGAUGUCGCAUUUAAGCAGAAGCAGAAGGAACAACAAAAGGCACUUGCUGAAGCAGCGAAGAAAGCCAGUCAGAAGGGUCCUUUAGUCACUGGUGGUAUAAAAAAAUCUGGGAAAAAAUGAUCAUUUUGUAACAGAUGAAAUUUGCAAUUUAUACUACAUCUUAUAUCUUGACUGUAAUAUUAAUUUGUGAUUUAUUAUUAUAUCAGGUUAAAUCUUUUUUAUGGUUCUUCAUUUCAAGAAAUGCUUUAAACUUAUAAAUAAGAAAUAUAUUUCAUUAUAUGCA